UCCCAGCCCACCACCGCACGACCACAACCCAUCCCCACCAACCCCGGUCCACUCCACCUUCCUCCUCCUGCCCCCGAUCAGCUCCAUCUUCCUCCUCCUACCCCUGAGCCGCCCCACACCACCAACCACCGCCGGAUCCCCACCCCACCACGCGUCGCCAGAGCCACGCCAUACCACGCGCCGCCUCCUCCCCCGCAGCACCGCCUCCCUCCCCUGUCGCGCUGCCCCCUCGCCAGCAGCGCCACCCCCUCCCCUGCAGCUCGGCCUCCCUCCCGCUGCGAACCACUGCCACCGCGAGGCCAGCCAUCGCCGGAUCCAGACAAACUACGGCCCCCACACAGCCCACCAUUGCCGGCCCGGAGCCCGCAAGGCCUCGCGCGAGCCGCCUCCUCUCCCUCCAUCGCAUGGGGCCGCCCUGCCUUUUCCUCCUCCCUGGUUCAGAUCGUGCCAUGGAGAACUCUCUCCUCCUCGCUGUGGUCUCCGGCAAGGGCGUCAUCCGUGGUGCUCGGGUGCCGCCCCACCCCUAUGCAGCUCGGUCGCCACCCCCUGUGCAGCUCGGUCGCGGCUCCCAUGCAGCUCAGUUGUGUCCGUCUCUCCUUUCCCCUCACCCACGCCGAGCGGUGGCGGAGGAGCGUUCUCAUGGCAAGGGGAGGUGCGGACGCACGGGGCUCCAUCGGCAGCAUCUGCAGUUCACUCCAUGCGAGAUGAGCUUGGAAAUGCUCGCGAUGCCGUUCAGAGCUUGUGCGCGUGCGGUACAGCGAGCGCCAUCUCUUCCCAUUGGUCGGUGGACCAUGGCCGUGCAGCUCGGAGAUGCUCGCCAUGUGGUUCGGGACUUGUGUGUGUGCAGUCAGGAGAGCGCCAUCUCCAUCUCUUCCCUGUGUGGUCCGUCGACCAUGGUUGUGCAGCUCGGAGACGCUCGUCGUUCGGUUCAGGGCUCAUGCGUGUGCAGUCUGGCGAGGGCCAUCUCUUCCCUUGUAGUCUGUCGACCAUAUCAUGCAGUUUGGGGACCCUGGCCAUGAGGUUCAGGCUCGUCCGCGUGCACUCAGACGGGCGUCCAAGCACUCCAAUGAGUGUCUGUGCGCAUCAACGCCUCUACCACAACAUUCAGAAAAAAGAGGAUUCCCCUAGUGUAGAAAAUGGAUAGCUCUGGAAUCUACUCCUCACAAUGGUUAUAUGCUGCUUUCAACUUCUCUGUGUAGUGAGUUGUAUUUUGUGUGUGGAUGAUUGUAACAUGCAGACAGAAGAAAAGAAAGGGAUGCAAUUUUGUUACA